AUGUCUUAAUAACUAUUUAAGGUGUAUUUGCAAUCUAUUUCACAUACUUUUAAGGAUUUACCAAAGGGAAACUUUUAUUGGAGAUUUCAUAAAAGAGAUAUCAACAGAAUUAUUACAACACCUUGUCCAGUAGAUUCACCAACAAAAGAAGCAGAAAUAUAAUUGUUUAAAGAAUUAAGAGCAUAAAUAGGAGUUAGAGAAGACUUUGUUUGUCCUUAAUGUCCACAUCAUGCAAAAUGUUAAAAGGCAUUUUAAUAAACAGAUGGAGGUAAUAUGUAAACAUUACUAUUACCACAUCUAUCUAAAUUUUUAGAAACAAUUAGUACUCAUGAAAUGAACUUGUAAAUUAUUAUAAUUUUAUCAUUAUAGAUAAAAUGAUUAAAAAAGCUUUUGGUUGUCUAGUACAAGAGUUUUAGAUACAUUUCAUUCCAUUUUAAUUGAUUUUUAACUUAACCAAAAUAAACUUAAUGAAUAAUUUUUGAGUGAUAUUGCUUAGGUUUCUGAAAAUGAAUCUAUUCAUUAAUAAGAUUCAAAUAAAAAAACAGAUAAAUAUACAAAAAAAGCUGAUUUUUUAGAAGAUCAAAAUACUUAACCAAAAAAGGAAAGUAGAAGAUAAGAAAAUAUAGAUAUUGAUAAUGAUAAUAAAAAUUAUGGUAAAAGAUAAAAUUAUUAUGAAAAUUCUGAUAAUAAAUAUGAUAAAUAUGAAAGAGGAAAUAAAUAUAAUAAUAAAUUUGAUAGAUCAGAAUAAUUCAAUAGAAAAGAUAGAUUUGAUAAAUAUGAUAAUUAAUAGAAAUAUAAUCGUUAAUUUGAUUCAAAUAAAUAUAAUGAUGAUUAAGGUAGAUAUGAUAAAUAUGCACAAAAAUAUGAUAAAUAUGAUAAUUAAGAGAGAUAUAAUAGAUAAGAUAGGCCUUAAAAAUAUGAUAGAGAAGCAAAUAGAGAGUAAUAUAGAGAAAAUAGAAGUUUCGAUAAAUAUGAAGAUCGAAAUUCAAAUUAUGAAAGAAGAGAUAAAUUUGAUAGAAGUGAAAAAGGAUUUAAAGGUGAUAGAUUUGAAAGAAGAAAUACUGAUUAUAGUGAAGAAUAUAAUGAAGCACCAAGAAAUUAUAAAGGUAGAAAAGAUGAUUUUUCAAAUAAUUAAGAAAAAUAGUAUUAUGAAAAUGAUAAAUAUUAAAAAAACUAUAAAUAAACAAAAGUUAAAGAUGAAGAUGAUUUCAAUACAUUUGUUAAAUAAAGAGAACAAUAUUUGAAAGAAAAAGAAGAUAAUUUUGAUGGGGAAAGAAAAUCAAAUUAGAAUAAAAAAGAUGUAAGGAAUGUUUAAUAAAAUGAUUAAUCAAAUGAAAAUGAUAUUAAUGAAGAUGAAUAACCAUUAGGAAGAAAGGUUAAGAGAAGUACGAAAUUUAGAAUGUAAUGA